AUGGCUCCCAGCCGCAGGAAAGGCGGUGGUAAGGCUGCCGCCGUAGCUGCCGCCUGCCGACAGUGGAAGGUGGGCGACCUUGUGCUUGCCAAAGUCAAAGGUUUUCCUGCUUGGCCUGCCGCGGUUAGUGAGCCGGAAAAGUGGGGAUAUUCAACUGAUUGGAAAAAAGUGCUGGUUCACUUUUUUGGAACUCAACAGAUAGCGUUCUGCAAUCCUGCCGAUGUUGAAGCAUUUACAGAGGAAAAGAAGCAAUCACUUUUGACAAAACGCCAUGCGAAAGGGUCAGAUUUUGUUCGUGCUGUAAAGGAGAUCAUAGAGAGUUAUGAGAAGCUGAAACAGCAAGAGCGAGUUGAUGACCCCAGAUCUGCUGACGAAUCCAAUCUUGGGAAUGCUGGGAAUAGUACACUGCUGCCUCAGGUCAGUGAAAUUCCAAAUGGGACAAGCCUUGACACACAAAUGAAGUAUGAUCCUAGUCAUGGUAUAGAUGAAUCUACUCUGCUUAAUGAGGAUGCUUCAGCUGCUGAACAAAUGCUAGCCCUGCGUGAUAACAGUGUACCACGUAACAAAGCCUCUGAUAGUACAGUUGUUAAAGAACCACGUAAGAUAGCAACAUAUUCUUCAAGGAGAAGAAAUGGAGGGGCACGAUCUCAAAGGGGUGCUCCACAAAAAAAGAUAUGUUCGGUUCAGCGCUCUAAAAGUUCAUCAAGGUUGCAAUCAGAUAAGCUUCAAAGCUCCAUGUUGCAAUACAGCGAUGGUGGACAAAGUAUUGAUGAAGUGGAAGAUGGAGCAUUAAGAAGGAGAAAAAGGAGAAGAUCAUCGGCUCAUUCUGUAUCAGGUGAUGUGGCUUCAUCAGCUUUAAAUUCGCAUGGAAGCGACGAUGAAAAUGCCUCCGAAAUUGCGACGGUUGAAUCCAAUAAUAAUACUAGGAAUGAAGGCAAUGGUGUAGAUUCUGGUUCUAGAGUCGAACAUUCUGAUAUUGCUGGACAGUUUCUCGAAGGAGAUUAUGACCUCAACAAGAGGCUUAAUUUCCAAAUCAAUACCAUGGUUAAGAGAAAGAAGAGAAAGCCUACUAGGAAACGUGGAGCUAGUAAUACUGUUGAUCCUCCGGCUAAAGUAGAAGCUGAAGCAGUUCUUGAGGCUGGAGCAUGUGAUAACGCUCAGACAUCACAAAAUUCUGAUGAAAUGUUUACUGAGAGACCUUGUGAAGAGAAGGGUGAUGAGCACUUGCCUCUGGUUAAACGAGCCAGAGUCAGGAUGAGUAGAGCAUUUUAUGGUGAACACAAGGCCAAUGGUUCUUUGCAGGUUGAAGAAAGAUCAUCGAAGGAUACUCUGGUCAGUGCAACAGCACAGAUAAGCCCGUCUGAUAUUGGUUCUAGUCAGGAUACUUCUGCGGCCGGAAAAUCUAACAAUUUUGAGUUGUCUGCUAAGCUCUCAGGUGACAUGGUUAAUGGAGCACCAUAUCCUGUAGAGAAGCCUUCUGAAGGUAUGUUUCCAUCUGAAGCUUGCUUUCAGGCUGUGGGCGAUAGAGAAUAUGCUAUGGGGUGGAAUGAGCUUAGCAAGGCACCAGAUGAUGAAGCAGCUCGAACCCAAUCUAAUCAAGUUAGCCGUUCGCCAGCUGGCAAAGCUCAGACUGCUAGUGUUUCUGAAGCUGUGUGCUGUGGGGAUUCACAACCCAUGAAGCUGCCAUAUAGUGAGUCUGACCUUCCAGCCGUACAAUGCUUACAUCAAGUUUCUGAAAUUGCAAUACCCUUGGAUCCCAAUAUUGUGGAUUCAUCUGAAAACAAGACCUCUGGGAUAUGCUCAUCAGGGAUACCUCAAUUAUUUGGCCAGCACAGAAGCCAGGACCAGGAUGCUUGUGAUUCAUUGGACAAUUUUCAUGAACACCUGAUUGAAGAAGGCGAUAGAAAUGAUUCUUGCGUGGACCAUACUGUUCAAUCUGAAGCUUUAGAACAUUCUCCCUCGUCUUGUUUACUGGUGAAUAAGCAGGAGGCUGAGAACACGCAAAAGGCUGAAAACCUGCCGCUGGAAGAAGAGCAUGAAAGUCUGAGUGAAGAAUAUGAUAAUCUCAAACCUAAUCAGACUACACCAAAUCCACCCACUUCUGCGACUGAAAGUGAUGUGAUAGUUAAUGAAAGUGAACCUCCAAAUGCAACAGGGUACAGCAAAUGCGAGGGCACUGUUGAGAACAGUAGGCAGCUCGAAAUAAUUUGUGAGGCUGAUAAUCAAAAGGAGCAGGUCCAAAUCAACAAUUCUAUCUCGGUAUCUGAGAACCUUUCACGUGAAAAAAUGAGUUUAUCUCCUGCUAAUAUUGCAGACACUCCUGCGCGGGGGACUCCACAUAGCAACUCAGUUUACCAUAUGUCUACCGCAGAAAGUGCAAAUGAUAUACAGAACAACAGUAGUUGCAGCCCACAUGUUCAGUCUGGUGAGAAGAAAACUGUUUGUGAUGCCACUAUCAAAGAAGAAGAGAAAAUUGAAACAGGUGCAUGUCAGGGACAGAAAGUUGUUAGUUCUGAUGUGCAAUCCACUCGUGAAUCGUUUGAGGAUGCACUUAGUUCAUUGGUGAGGACAAAGGAGAGUAUUGGCAGAGCAACUCGUUUGGCAAUGGACUUAAUGAAAUUUGAUGUCUCUGCGAAGGAUGCUGUUGACAGCCACCCGAGGCAGGUCUUGAUGAACUUACUGAACAAGGCAAUGGAGAUUUUAGCCCAUACUUUGGAAAGCGAGUCAAAUUUACAGAGGAGGGUGGACUUAUUUUUCCUUGUGGAUUCUAUUGCUCAAUACUCCAAAGGUCUAAAAGGUGAUGCUGGUUGUGUUUAUCUUUCAGCCAUUCAAGUAAUUUUACCUCGCCUAUUAGCCGCUGCUGUCCCUGCUGGAGCUACCACACAAGAAAAUCGGAGACAGUGCUUAAAGGUUUUAAGGCUUUGGCUUGAAAGACGGAUCCUGCCGGAUUCAAUUGUUCGGCAGCAUAUAAGAGAACUUGAUUCACAUAGUAUAGUUCCUGCUUGCCUCUAUUCCCGGCGCUCAGCUAGAACAGAGAGGUCGUUGGAUGAUCCUGUGAGAGAUAUGGAGGGAAUGCUGGUGGAUGAAUAUGGAAGUAAUUCAACUCUCCAGCUCCCUGGAUUUUGCAUGCCCGUAAUGCUUGAGGAUGAGGACGGAGAGAGUGACUCGGAUGGAGGGGAUUUUGAGUCUGUCACCCCUGAACAUGAAUCCAGAAUCCUUGAAGAAAAUGUCUCGUCCUCGACUGCUGAAAGGCAUACGCUUAUACUGGAAGAUGUUGAUGGCGAGCUUGAAAUGGAAGAUGUGGCUCCUCCCUGGGAAACUGGAAACUGCACGCUCACUGGCCAAGCCGAUAAUACAAUAACGGCUACCAAUUGUCAGCCUAGACAACAGCAUCCGACUGUCUCUGGCAUUUCACAUCAGCAUGUGUCCUUGUCUUCUCCACCACUGCCAUCUUCUUCGCCACCACCUCCCCCGCCCCCACCAGCUCCCACUUCACAGCAAGCUCAGUGUGCCAUGUCUGAUUCCUACUCAACUGGCUUUGACAGUGGUGGAUAUCCCAAUAUGCAUGGAGAUCAUCAGGCUGGUCCUCAAAGGAUGAAUCCGCCAUUGGCUGGAAACACAAUGCAUUAUCAAGGCCAGGAGUCAUCUUAUAGUUCCGGUGUACAACUGACGAAUAGCAUGCCACAGGCAGAUGGUUCUAAUUUCCAGCCUAGGCCUUAUCCAUCUCAUCCACAUCCCCCUCCUCCUCCACCACAGCAUCAAUACUCAUAUACAGAGCUGGACCACCAUACGAAGUCGCGUAGGGAUGGUCCAUCGUAUUCCCACAGAUCUCAUUAUCUGCUGAGUUGUGAUGAAAGGAAUUUUCAUGAUAACCAUGAGAGAAUGAGGCAUGCACCAUACGAGAACCGAGAUAAUUGGAGAUAUCCACCAUCUUCUUCUUACGGUUCCAGAUAUCAAGACAAACACAAAGGCCCAUAUCCAUCCAGUUCAUACAAUGGUGGCCCUCCACGUGAGUCUGGAAGGUUCCAAAACCACCGGUGGAAUCAUCCUCCUCGUGCGUAUAACAACAGACACUCUUUUCACCCUAAGCCGCAUUCUGAAGGACCUGUUCCAGUUGGAAUGAGAGAUCCAGGCAUGUGGCAUCAGAGAGGUGACUAGAGAAACUUGAGAGACAGAGACGGAAAGUAGUAAAGAGGAGGGUGGUGUGAAGCUAGUAGCAAAAACACCAAGGUGAUGUGGCUCUAAUUUAGAAAAGAGAAUUGCUAGCAAUGGAAGUAAAGGGUUGUUGAGAGGAAAACGUGAUAUGAUGAAGAAGUGAGUGUGUACAUAUGAUAUGAUGUUUCUUUUGGAAUCAGAACCUCAUGCAAAGCAGAGAGAGUGAGAAGAUGGGAGAAAAAAGAGGCGAGUUGUAGAGAUUGAGAAGAGUUUAAUAUCUUUGUGCUCUCCUUUGCUUUCUUUACUGUUAUUUUUUGGUUGUUGUCAACAUUAUUUGGUUAUGUGGGUUUUUGACCUUGGAGUGUAUGAUGUAUAUUCUUCAUUCUCUUAAGAAUAAUUAUAUUCCAAUUGAAUGAAUAGUGGUUACUUUGACGCCUGUGGAAUUGAUUGGGUAGAUAUCGUUGCACAUGAAUAAGAAUAAUGUGAAUAAGUG